UCCUGUUUGGCAAACAAAACCAUAUGUGUUCUGUUGAUUUGCCCGACAAUAAUGAAAAGUCAAGUGCUUCUCCAUCUCCAUGUCCUUCACCGAAACCUCAAAGACUUUUGCCAACAAAUAUAUUUGUCGUUCUCUAUAACUUCCGGAGUCGACAACAGGACGAAUUGGAUCUCAAGGCUGGUUAUACAGUAACGGUAGUGGACACGACUGACCCGGAUUGGUGGCAGGGAAAGUGUUUGGGCAGAAAAGGUUACUUUCCAUCCAAUUAUGUGACCAAAUUAUUUCCCGGAGAGAAACCACUUCAGGUUUGCCAUACAAUUCAAGUUAAUGACGGAGAGAUUGGUAUCAAACUAAUGCGCGAACAGAUUGUCAUACAGGUGGUCGAGGAAGUGGACGGCAUUAUAAUGAUUAGGACAGGUAUUAAUGACAAAAUAGUUCCCUGUCCUAUUAAAUAUUUACAGGAUAUAUCUUAUAUCAAUUAA